GCAGAGCAUAGACAGUCGCGUACACACAACUUAUCAUCAACAUAAAUUACUCAGUUCCAACAAUUCAUUCAAAAGAUCUAUUCUCUUAACCGAAAAAUAUGAAGGAGUUAUUAAUCGUUUGGAUUUCUGUUAUUGUAUUAACAUCUUCAUUUAAAACAAAUCAUACGUAUUGCCGGGUCGAGCAUGGAUUCAAAGUGUGCUUCCACUGUAACGCGCUGAUAAAGGUUGAUUGGAUGGACUAUUCCGUUCACGAGCUGUCCUUGAAUGUGGAUGAAUUUUCCUUAAUAACUGAAAGUGCGUUCCCGAAGAUGAGACUUUCCAAAGUGGCUUUUCUUAAACCAAAUAAAGAACUUGGCUGGAUUCCCAAGGAGAUUGAUAUGACUGCAGAAUCGUUUGGGGGUGGAAAUGAUAGGACCAACAUCGCAAUUUUUCUCAGCUUUCCAAGACCUGGAUAUAUUGCACUGGAAUCAUCAAAAUAUUACGAGAAUAACACCCGAUACCUUUUCUGGAAUCAAUGAGGGACUACAAUACCUUCAUAUUGCUGAUAAGAUAAGUACCAUGGAAUCGAAAUCCUUCGGAAAAUUUCAUGAUUUGAAGAGUCUAUCAAUGACGGAAACACUAUUGCCGGAGUUACCGUCUGAUAUAUUCGAAGGUCUUGAGAACCUAACCCUCUUGGAUUUGGAGUAUAAUAGGAUUACUGUGUUACGAAAGAAUACUUUUAGGAAUCUUUAUGCAUUGAAAAAGCUUAUUCUUGGUCACAACAACAUCAGUAAAAUUGAACCUGAAACCUUCGCCAACUUGAAUCUCCAGCACCUUGACUUAAAAUUCAACGAUUUGGGGAAUAUAUCAAACGGACUUUUCCAUCAUCUUGGCUCUCUGGAAGUUCUGGAUCUGGCUAGAAACGGUUUUCAAACUGUACCAAAAGACGCUUUCGAAGGAUGUAGUCAACUUCGAUCCCUGAAUUUGGCGCGCAAUAGGAUACGGCACAUUGAUCCCGGCGCUUUUUCCAAUUUAAAACUCCAAAAACUCGAUUUAACGCGCAAUCAAUUGACUGCUUUAGACUAUGGGGUCUUCAAUGAUCUUCGAAUUCAGGAGAUAUUGGAUUUUCGUUUCAACCAUAUUCGAGAGAUUACUAAGAAUACUUUGGAUGGAUGUGUUGACCGCGGGAUAUUGCAUUUGUCUUAUAACGAGAUACAUCACAUUGAUCCCAUGGCUUUUUCCAAUUUAAUACUCAAACAACUGAAAUUGGAGCACAAUAAGUUGACGGUUUUGGAGCGCGAUAGCUUCGAUGAUCUCCAAAUCAUAGAAAUACUGGAUAUUCGAUUCAAUAAUAUCAUCCAAAUCAAACUGCGAGGAUGUUGGGAGCUGAGAGGUAAACGGGUCGCUCUUUGUUACAAACAUCUCCCCAAAGUUGGCAGUAUUGGGGGAGUUCGGAGUAGACCAUGGAAUAAAAUUAGCGUUAACUGUUCAUCGCCAAAGAAGGAUGGGCACUUUGAUGGGGUAUGCGUGCAGCUGAACAAUCAAUCCAAUAUUCAUGAACUAACAGAUCGAGUUGUUCACAAAGGUCAAAUUACGGCUUCAAAUCUGUUGCAUAAACAGAGACGACUUUAUAAUAGAUUGGCGAUCGGCGAGAACAACACGCCAUUGGUUGAUUCUUCCGGGCUAUUAUCAUAGAUCAAAACUCAGUAGACGAACCUCAUGUCGAUACACUCCCAAAACCUUCAGCUGUAGUCAUAACUAUUUUAAGGAUGUUCAGGCAUUAGUCACCUUCAAAAGUUUAUUUCUUAAGUGCAUUCCCUCUCAAAAGUUUGGAAGAAAACCAGCGGUCGCAAUUAAGGGCAUAGGCCUAAAGUGUGAGCAAGUUUACGGAUAUUUGUGUGCGUUAGAGUCAGUAUGUGGUGAGGUUCAUGCAAUCGAGUUUGAAAAACCAGAUGGACUUGAUGACACUAGACUUGUUAAUAUCGUAUGUCCUAAUACUAAUAGACUGCCUUCACGGUGGUCGCACGAGUCCCCCCGAACCAUGCCGAAGCCGAAACCGAGUCCCCCCCAAUCAUCGCAAAGGGCACCUCACGGAGAGAAAUAUUCUGUAGUAACUCAAGUUCAAGUGGAUGACGGAACGAAGAUUGGUUCGAGUUUGAUUGAGGAUUGAUCAAAAUGGAUCGAUGCUAGAUCCUUAAAAUUGAUCCAAGCUUGGAUGAAGUUCAAAAACUCAGUAAAUCUUCAGGCUGAAGUUCCAAGCUCGCUCGAAGCUUCAUUGACAAUACUCGACCAACCUUUCGAAUUGCCUGAUGCGUCCUCAAUAAUUAAUUAUCAUUGAUAACGCCUUAAAGUAUUUUAGUGGACUGCUGGGAACAUUGAUAUUUGAGGUUGAACGAGUCUUGGAUUCGCCAAUGAAAUCAAGUUUCAUUCAAACCUGGAUCCUUCAGUCUGGAAGAACAAGACUUUUUUAAGAUUGAAUUGAGAUUCGAAGGAAGAUAUGUGACUCAAGUUGAAUGAAUAUAGGAAUCAACGAAGGAAUUCAAGCUGAGGUCAAAAAACAUGUCCAGAAAAGUAAAAAUAUAUCUGAAGAGGGAAUUAAUAACUUGGCAGAAACGAAAGCUAACUUCUUCAUUAUCAAUAGUCGUGAAUCGUAAUAUUCGUAUUGUAAUUUUGAUUCUGUGAGAGUUCUCCAUGGUUUCAAAUAAACCGCGUAGCAUACAAUAUAUUUGAGAAUUUUCAAUGUCACCAGAUGUCGUUUAAACCUCAUAAGAACAAAAUGCACAACAGUAAAUUUUUUCAGUAAUAAAUGAAAUAUAAGAGUGAUUGAUAAAUAAGGAAUGUGAAAAUAUUAUUAUAAAAAAGAAUUUAAACAAUCCAGACGUGACACUAAAUGGAUGUGGUCUCAUUAAAAUUGGAAAUUAAUUGAAGUGUCAUAACGUCACGGAGGCUUAUAAACAAAAAACUGUCAGGCUUUGAUUAAGCUGAGAAAAUCCUCAUCAACAAGAGGGAAUUUGAUAUGAAUAUUCAUGUAACAAGAAAUUCGAAUGGAACAUUCUGUGCGGCCAAAUAACUCCUGCAAUUAAACGAACCUGUCUAUUAAUAAUAGCUAGUUCUUUCCGUUUGUGUAUAAGUUUCAAGAUAAUUUACAGAUAAAAAUAAAUCAUUCUUUCCGAGAAAACAUAUUUCUUCUUUUUUAAUUCAUAGUGGUUUUUCGACAGAGAGAUUUUCUUCUGAAAUAUCAGAAAUCAUAUAUUUUAGAUAAACAUAAUUUUCCUACUUGAAUGUUCAAUUAAAUGUAUAUAACAAGAGCGAGCUAGUGCAAAAAAUUAUCUUUUCACUUUAGUGAUUGUUUGUCCUCCAAACGCUUAAAAUAGAAAAACACUCUAAUAAACUUUAUUUAAAAACUAAAAAUAUCCUUGUUUUCAAAUUUUCGU